UAUAAAAAUGGCAAAUCCGAAGACAGUAACGUAUGCGUUAAAUAGCCUUGAAGGUUACCAUUGGAACAGCUGAUUCAGUGCCAUUUCACAUACGAAUAAGUAAAAUUUAAAGUUUAUUAAAAAUAUAAUCGAAUGAUUAUCAGAGUUCCAUGAUCAGUGAUAGUCUGACCCUGAUCAGCGAUGACAGGGUGCCUAGAGUAUACGUAAACACAACGUUAAAAAAUAUCCACGUAUGUGUUAACCUUCAAUGAUAAGGUGACUGAAGAUUAAAUUACCAAAAUCGAAGGAGUUUUCAAUAAUAAAUAUCAUUAAUGUGUAUAUACUCUUAACGUAAAUGUGAUAUUAAUUAAACUGUGAAGAUGGAAAUAAGACCUGGAGUAUUAAUUUUACUGGGGCUGACGUUGUUCACUUUGGUGAGGGCAGAUGUUGUGAAGGAUAAUGAUAAGCAGAGUACGACGAAGCAGAGUGUAAAAACGACGACAAUCGAGGAGGAUGAUGAUGACGAUGUUGUCGAGGAUUUGACCAAUGUUUUUGAGCAGUUGCGGGAGCUGAAGGCACUCAGGGACUCAAUGUUAAAGCUUGUGCCGGCUGCUGAUCCUUUUUCUGAUGAUAAGAUCACGAAACAACCGAAGGAAUCGACGACUAGCGAUGAGGACGGCUCACAGGAGAAAGAUAAUUCGUUCAACUCCAAUAAAAAUGCAGCUUGGAGGGAAAUGCUCAAGGCUGCGAAGGACAUUGGGCUAGAGCCUGUUCCAGAAUUUUCGAAUUCUGAGUCCCCACUUUCCAGUUGGGAAGAGGAGUAUGAGGAAGACUACAGUGAGCAUGAAGAGGAGCCACAGGAACCACUGACUCCGGAGCAGCAAGAAGCUGAAGAGUUGUUUAAAAAGGCCCAGAGUAUGCUGAAUGCUACGAGGAGUAAUAAAGCAGAGGCUUAUAAAUUGAUAACAGCAGCUGCAACUCUGGGGCAUAGGGAGGCUAGAUCGAUGCUGGCAUGGGCUCAGUUACUCGGGACUCAAACUGGACUCCCAUCGGCGAAUCAGGAUAUUCCUGCUGCUUUUCAGACGUUCAAAGAGCUCGUCGAGACGGGUCUCCCUUCAGCACACAUGGGAAUGGGUUUCUUCUAUGCGAUGGGUCUCAAUAUGGUGAACGUAUCCCAAGGAAAAGCAUUCCUGCAUUACACCAUAGCAGCACUCGGUGGUGACACACGAGCCCAAAUGGCCGUGGGCUAUCGACACUGGGCUGGAAUUUCCACGGCAUCAACUUGUGAAAGAGCUCUCGACUUUUAUCGUAAAGUAGCUAAUAAAGUUGCUGAGCAAGUGUCCCUCAGUGGGGGUCCAGUUGUUCAACGAAUUCGACUGUUGGAGGAGCAAGAGAAUCCAGAGUAUAACUCAGGCAUCUUGGAUGACGAUUUGAUUGAAUAUUAUCAGUUAUUAGCGGAGCGUGGGGAUGUACAGGCACAAGUGGGAUUGGGGCAGCUUCAUUAUCAAGGGGGCAGAGGAGUUCCUUUGGAUCAUCAGAGAGCUUUAGAUUAUUUCCAACAUGCCGCUGAUGCUGGGAAUCCUAUCGCCAUGGCUUUUCUUGGGAAGAUUUACCUCGAAGGAAGUGACAUCGUUCAGCAAGACAAUGAAACCGCCUACAAAUAUUUUGCAAAAGCAGCGAUGUUGGGAAAUCCAGUGGGACAGAGUGGCUUAGGUCUGAUGUAUUUAUAUGGUAGAGGGGUUGAACGUGACACAACGAAAGCACUUCAGUACUUCUCUCAGGCAGCUGAUCAAGGCUGGGUGGAUGGUCAACUGCAAUUAGGCAACAUGUACCUCAGUGGUACAGGUGUUCGUCGUGACUACAAGAUGGCAAAUAAAUACUUCAAUCUAGCCAGUCAAUCAGGCCACGUUCUUGCUUUUUACAAUUUGGCUCAGAUGCACGCAACAGGCACAGGGAUGAUGCGGAGUUGCCCAACAGCAGUGGAGUUGUUGAAAAAUGUUGCUGAGCGAGGAAAAUGGAGUGACCAAUUGAUGACAGCGCACACAGACUACAAGGAGGGUAGAAUCGAUCAAGCCUUUAUUCGUUACUCCCUGUUAGCAGAAAUGGGAUACGAGGUAGCUCAGAGUAACGCAGCUUUCAUCCUGGACCGCGGAGAGACAGGAGUAUUGACACCUGAGGAGGGAUUAGUGAUGGCUCUGGCCUUCUGGGCACGUGCAGCUGUCCAAGGAUACUCUCCAGCCCAAGUCAAGCUUGGAGACGCUCAUUAUUAUGGUCGAGGGACUCGAGUUGAUUACGAAGCUGCUGCUGGAUACUACAGACUCGCCUCUGAUCAGCAACACAAUGCCCAAGCAAUGUUCAAUCUGGGGUACAUGCAUGAAAGAGGACUGGGUUUGGCUCGUGAUCGACAUUUAGCCAAACGAUGCUAUGAUCUAGCCGCUGAAGCUAGUCCUGAUGCUCGCAUACCUGUUGCCCUAGCACUUGUAAAAUUAUUUCUACUCUUUGGCAUUGACUAUCUGCAAGAGUUUAGCUUCUCUGAGCAAUUUAGCAAAUGGGAUCAACUCUUUGGUCCCAAUUGGGAUCUCUAUCUCAUUGGACUCUUCACAGGUUUAGUCAGUCUCAUAAUUUACUUUCGCAGACCACAGCCACCGCCUGGUGGGGUUAAUGCCCCUGUUAACUAGUUGACUACUGAGUUGAUUUCUUUCUUGUGUAUUUAUUAAGCUGUAGUCAAGUGGUGAAACGAGAUGGGUUGAGUUUAUUUCAGGACAGAUGAAUUUUUCAUGUGAAUAGCUUUGAAUUAUGGAUGAUAGGAGAGUUCCCAGGAAGACCUUUUUCCCCUUUGGAUUGCGAAAUUGUCGCUGAAAAAUGAUGGAGUGAUUCUGCCGCAUCUCAUUUCAACAAUUUGCUACUGAAAAAAUUCUGGUUCUAAGCUCAGAGUUUAUUAAAUAUUUGUGUAAAAAUUUUAUUGUGUUUCAUUCUCAGUAAUCACGAGUUCCGCGUACUAUUGGUCAUUGCAUUCUGAAAGUCUGUGUCAGUGAAUAUUUGAAUUGUAUGUUUUUUUUUCUUAGUUGGGUUCAUUGUGUUUGAAUGAGAAGGUAUUCAAUAGAUGCUGAGCUCAGAUCCGUUAAGAUUUGAUGUCAAAACAGAACAGUUGAUUGUUUUGUCUACGGAAAAAAAACAUGAACGUAGUAAUCAGUUUUGAUGUUUGCUGAGUGAGCAAAAUAUAUUGUCAAGAACCAAAUACUUGUUAAUGACUGAAGUUUGUAUUAUGAAGAUAUAGGGAAGCAGAAAUCUAAGAAAAUAUGAUUAAAUAAAUAAGUUCUUAUAAAAUUUGUGAAUAAAAACUUUAUUUAUGUCAUUGA